AUGGCAACCUGGGGCCACACACCGAUGUCGAAGCCCAUGCUACACAGCGCCAUGAAAGUCCUGGCCAGCCAAGUCUGUUGGCGUCUAGCACUGCAGCUUGGCACAUCCCCCGCGUCUGAUGUGGCACUGCUGAACCAGGCCGCGACCGUUGCCGUGCGUGCUGAGCGAUGGCAAGAAGCUCUUGCACUGUUGAGCAAUGGUGACACUGAUGGCGUGGCCGCUCUGGGUGUGGCGUUGGAUGCUGCGCAAAAGGGACUCGCCUGGCAGCUGGCCCUGCAGGCUCUGGGCACUCGGCUUGAGGCGGGUAGCAACGUGGUUUCUUGGAAUGCCGCUUGCGGUGCCUGUGUGGGCCACUGGGAGGUGGUUUUAAACCUCUUGGAGGAGAUGGUGACACGCAACAUGAGUCCAGAUGUGGUGUCGUAUACGGUAGCGGUGACGGCCUGUGCUCAACAGUUGCGCUGGCAGCAGAUCUUGGUGCUACUCGAGAAGUCCGGUGGAGGAGACCCUGUCACCAUUUGGCAUGCAUGGCGAAGCCAUGAGGCCUUGAUGAGACAGCUCCCAGGAUUUUACGCAGCCGUCAGCUUGCGCAAGACCUUGCAGAGGCGUGUAUGGAUGCUAGAGCUUGGCGUGCCGCACUCUUUCAUUUACGUUAAGGGGCCCAGCCCAGACUUGUCGCAACGCUUCGCCUCGGUGGAGGCGACUGGUGUCCUUCAGCGCGAUCUCAGACUGGGUCACACGACGAAUGGACGAAUGGCCAACUUCAAAGGCGGCAAGCGCAAGCAGUCAGAAGGCGCCAAGGCCAAGUUCUGGUCUUUGCAAGUGCCCGGCUCGGAAGCAUCAGUUUCAGAAGCUGCGCCUGGUGUGCCUGAGCCUGACUCUCGAGCGAUUUCGCAGAAGGCCUUGAUGCUCUUUACGGCACCACACCGGCUGCCAAGUGCUGGGAGCAGUUCUUGGAGAGGGAACAUAUGGCUGUGUUUGCCGGGCUACGUGGCGACAGAUGCCUGUGGCAGUGAAGACCAUGUGUCUUGGCUCUUUCCCUAA